AAAAAGCUAACGAGGCAAAACAAAUAGACCAAGAAAGGCGAGAACGAGAACAAAGAGAGGCUAAAGAGCGUGAUGCACGGGUGCAGGAACAUGCAAGGGCAGUUAAAGAACAGAAAGAUGCAGAGAGGCGAGCAAACGAAACUGCCGCUAAAGAAGAAGAAAAGCGACGAUGGGAAGCAUCGGAGAAAGAUCAUGAGGACGAUGACAAUGUUAGGCGGAAGAGAAGUGAGUCUCUAAAUAAAAUGAGACAGGCUGAGGCUGCACAAUUGGUCAGUCAAAGAGACUUUAAUCCUAAAGAUGUAUUUGAAAAGAAAAGAACGUCACAGUUUGAUGACCAACCAAAGCCACAGGCUCCACCACCUGCUAGGAAAAUAAAGCAUUCAUUUGGAGACAAUGCAGAAUCAGCACCUCCAGUGAGUAAGGCACCUAUAGAAUUGCCCAAAGAGGAGCCUCCUAGUGAACCAGCCCCAGCUCCAACUAGACAACUACCCCCCACCCCUGCUCGAGAACCAGAGCCAGAACCAGAAGUGAUUAAUACACCAGCUCAACCCCCUCCACAGUCACCUGCUGAACCACAGGCAGACAGAGUGGAACCCCAUACACGUAACCUCUUGAAGGAGGGUCUUCCAGUUCGUCAGAGCAGUGACAAUGAAGAGCAGAAUGAUGAUGAUGAUUGGGGAGAGGAAGAGUCUACCCCUGAAGUGAAAACUGUAACCCCUGCAGCCACAACCCAGAGUACUCCUAGUGUCCAAGCAGCAUCUGCUCCAGCAGCACCUGUAGAUCAGGGCCUUACUGCCAGAGCCUUAUAUGACUAUCAAGCUGCUGAUGAUUCAGAAAUCACAUUUGACCCUGGUGACCUUAUAACUAACAUUGAGCCAAUAGAUGAAGGUUGGUCACGAGGCACAGAUCCAUCAGGAAAAUAUGGUCUGUUCCCAGCAAACUAUGUCGAAAUGCUAAGUGCUGUUGAGCCAGAGGCACCUGUAGCGUCACCCCCUGCGGCUUCACCCCCUGCAGCUUCACCCCCUGCAGCUGCACCUCCAGCAAGCCAGGGCCAAUCAGCGAGGGCCUUGUACGAUUAUCAAGCUGCUGACGAUACUGAGAUAACCUUUGACCCUGAAGACAUCAUCACUAACAUUGAAAAACUAGAUGAAGGCUGGUGGACAGGAGUGAAUCCAGCGGGAAAACAUGGCAUGUUUCCAGCCAACUAUGUCGAGCUGAUUGACCCAUAGUGCUUGUUAAUAUAUUCAUAAUGCUUCAGAGGAAGACACGGAAAUAACAUUUGACCCUGAUGAUGUCAUAACAGAUAUAGAGAAGAUAGAUGAUGGUUGGUGGAUAGGGACUGGACCAGAUGGGAGGCGGGGAAUGUUCCCAGCUAAUUUUGUGCAGUUAAUUUAAUGCAUAAUGAACGAUUUUAAUUUAAAGUUAAAAAAAUUAUUUAAUUAUAUUAAUUUUGCUGGGAAAUUAUGUGUAUAAUUGUGCCAUGCUGGCAAAACAUUAAAAAAAUUAUAAAAUGACACUCUGAAGGUGAUUUGGUUGAAAAUGAAACAAUUUAUUUUUGAUAUCAAAGAUCUUUAAAGAAAACUUCUUUUGUAUCACAGCAAAGUAAUCUACUUGGAGUUAAGCAGGGUGGAGUAAAGUAUUGCAAUAUUAUACAAUAAAGUUGUAACUAAUGUACAAAACUGUAAACAUUCACUAUAAAUAAAUAUGUGGCCACUUUUGACUGUAAACAGGACUAUAAAGCCAUGACUAUUUAUGUGUAAGUGUUUAUUCAGUAAUUGUGGCCUAUCAUGAAUUAUAUUUUUGUGUUGUAUAAAAGUUUUCAUGUUUGAGGGGUGCUAUUAUGAACAAUAUUUCUAAUGCAUCAACAUUCUGGAAGAUUGAAAGGUUUAAAAUUGAAAUUAGUUCUGAUGCAAGACAAUAUGCAAUACAUUAUACAUAUACGUAUUUUCAGAAUACACCCUCAAAUAAUUGAAUUGAACAGUGAAUAUCAUGCCUCCCUAUGGUCUGUAU